CUCAACUUCGAAAAAAGAAGCUGUGGCCUUGAAAGCCCAUGCUGCCUUGGACACCGGGUGGACGCCUGCAGCACUACGACCAUUUGCGGAUUUCUCGAGAGGCUCUACCAUCGCGCUUCACAGACGCUGGACUCCGGUGAUCCGCUUCAAGGAGCAGCUCCGCUCGCUCCGCUCCAUCCUUUCACUUCAAUGUGCAGCUGAAUCGUGAGAUCAUAGCAGCUCCAACAGCUGCUUGUUUGCUUUCGCUUUGCCGGUCAAAGAUCAAUGAGCUGAACAGUGUGAACGUUGCGACAGCCUUGAACCAGCUCGCCAAGAGGGCGGACGGCCCGGAAGUGUGGCGUGGAGACGAUUCCUUGAUCCAGGCAGUUGGACAUUGUGCUCGCCAAAGGAAGUUCGCACCGCUAGGCCUUUCGAAUCUUUCAUGAAAGUUUGGAACGCUCCAAUUCCACGAUCCACCGUUGCUGUAUUUGCUGGCCCCGCAGGUCGUGGAGCAGAUCUCGGAAUUCGACUCCCAAAGCGUGGCCAACAGAGCAUGAACAUAUGCUUCUUUGAAAGUCAAAGAGGAGGUGCUCAUGGACAUGAUCGGCAGCUAUGUCGUCCUACGCACUCAGACCUUUGCAGAGCAGGGACUGGCAAACAGUGUGUGGGGAUUUGGGACCUUGGGAAUUCGGAAUCAGCUGCUUCUCGAUGCUGUGGCCGCAGCUGCGAUGGUCGGUGAAUUUACUUCGCAAGGAUUGACUAACACUGCAUGGACCUAUGCUGCGCUUGCUGACCGGCAGGUGCCGCUGUUUAGCUUUGUGGCGUCCACUGCGCCACUGGCCGAGAUGCCCUUUCGGGAACUGGCAAUGAUGGCAUGGUCUUUCGCUACACUGCAGAUUCACAAGGAACCCUUCAUGAAUGCUGUAUCUUCCUCGGCAAUUCCCAAGCUGGACACUACAGUCUUCCGGAUGUGCAACAUGGGGCCCAAAGAGGCUUGUCCCACAGAGAUGGUGGCUGCCCUCGCUGGUGCUCUCCAAACCUUGGGCAUGGAUACAUCGGAGUUUUUUGAGGCAGCGGCCUCGGCUUUGGCUCGCAUUGCUGCACCAGUAGAUGCGAGGAACUGUGGAGAUUCGGGAGUACCACUCACAGAUGGCGGAGACGAAGUACCUCGAGUGCUUGCGACCUAUCCUGGCAUCGCUUUCAUCUACAAACCCAGUGGCUGGUCCGUGGCCGUCAGCCGGGAGACUGCUGGUCGUUUAGGUGAUGAGGAUGACUCCUCUGACGAAGAAGAUCCGACUUUCGAGGAAGCACCGCAGCUCACUUCUUGGCUAUCAUCAGAACUGGCGCCAUGGUCCCCCAUUUCCGGAGACCCUUCAGCGCAACACGGCAUCGUGCACCGCCUGGACUUGGAGACUUCUGGUCCUUUGCUUUGUGCCACCAGCUACCAUGGCUACAUGGCUGCUUUGCUGCUCUUUGCAGCGAGAAAAGUUACAAAGGAGUAUGUUUGCGUUUGCAAAGGGUGGUUGUCAAGCCAGGUGGACAUGCUGAACUCCCCGUUGCUGUACGGCGAGUACCAGUCCAUGUCUCGGCAAGGUGAGGGGGCACAUGGUAUGCGAGAUGCGAAGACGCAGGUCUUGGUGGUGGGCCACUUCUUGGAUCCCAGCAACGCUCCCGUGAGCCUGGUGCAAGUGCGUUUACAUACUGGAAGGCGGCACCAGAUUCGCGCUCACCUUCGCUAUGAGGGACAUCCACUGGUUGGUGAUACCACCUAUGGAACUGGUGCGGAGCCGUGGUGCGGCAGCCUCUUUCUCCACUCUUACCAUCUGGGUCUUAGCCUUGGCUUUCCACCAUUCCCAGCCUGUCUCCUGGGUGCACCCGAAAUCUGGCAGCGUCGCCGGCGGCAGCUUUGUCGUCCUGCUGGGCAGCGGCUUCCGAUACCCGGCCGGCCCGGAGCCCAUCGGCCUCGGCAGAGAGGCUGUUGUGCGAGACGGGGCCGGCGGAAAGCGCUGCGCCCUACCUGGCAUGUCUCAGGAGAAGACCCCUUUCAUCUCGUGGAUCUCCACCCGCGCGCUGCGCGCCGGCGACCAAGUCGCCUUUGGCGCCGCCCAGACGGGCGCCCUGGGACCGGGCGUGACCGCCGUGGAUCGUAUCGAUUACAGCACGUCGGAGGGCUAUGGGAACGCCGUCUUUCGGACCUGGCAAGGAACUGCCCAGAAAGCAUCGGCCUUCCUGCAACCGAACUUUCAAGCGUAUGA